AUGGAUGCCACCGAGAGGGACAUGGAAAUGCUCAGCAAUAGCCUGGCGAGCUACGCACACAUCCGCGCUAACCCGGAGAGCUUUGGCCUCUACUUCGUGCUGGGCGUCUGCUUCGGGCUGCUGCUCACCCUGUGCCUGCUCGUCAUCACCAUCUCCUGCGCGCCCCGCCCGCGGCCGCGGCUCCUCGCGCGGCGCCGGGACCCGCGUGGCGCCCUAGAGGACGACGACGACGAGGAAGACGAGGAGGACACCGUGACGCGGCUGGGCCCCGACGACACGCUGCCCAGCCCGGAGCUGUCCGCGGAGCCCGAUGGGACCGUGAGCAUUAACGUCUUCACGUCGGCAGAGGAGCUGGAGCGCGCGCAGCGCUUGGAGGAGCGGGAACGGAUCCUGCGGGAGAUCUGGCGCACCGGGCAGCCGGACCUGCUGGGCACGGGCACGCUGGGGCCCAGCCCCACGGCCACGGGCACGCUGGGCCGCAUGCACUAUUACUGACCGGGCCUCGCUCCACGGCCGGGCGCUCUGGGCCCUGGACGUGCACACGAGCUCGUCGCUGACGCAGGACCUUCCUACGGCCCUGCCCGCGGUGCUGUCGGCCCCGCCCCCGCGGCUCCCACGGUGCUAUUGGGCGCGAUCCCCACCCUCUGGGCGGCGCCCUUCCCCAGUCCUGCCUGAAGACCCUGGGGGGAGGGCAGGACCCAGGGUCCCCACCCUCGCUCCGGGAACGAUCCGGAGGUGAAGUGACCAAUGAAAGCUGCAUUCUUAGUGA